AUGGUCAACUUUACGAUCGAAGAAAUCCGCGCUUUGAUGGACAAGCCGGCGAACAUUCGCAACAUGUCUGUCAUUGCUCACGUCGAUCACGGCAAAUCCACCUUGACCGAUUCUCUCGUUCAGCGAGCUGGUAUUAUUUCUGCAGCAAAGGCAGGAGAAGCCCGGUUUACAGACACAAGAAAAGAUGAGCAGGAGCGUGGUAUCACCAUCAAGUCGACUGCCAUCUCCCUUUAUGCCCAUCUUCCGGACGAGGAAGAUUUGAAGGACAUUCCCCAGAAAGUCGACGGUAACGAAUUCUUGAUCAAUUUGAUUGAUUCGCCCGGCCACGUCGACUUCUCAUCCGAGGUGACGGCAGCUCUCCGAGUUACCGAUGGUGCCUUGGUGGUCGUCGACACCAUCGAAGGUGUCUGUGUCCAGACCGAGACUGUGCUCCGACAGGCUCUUGGUGAGCGUAUCAAGCCAGUGGUCAUCAUCAACAAGGUCGACCGAGCUCUGCUCGAGUUGCAACUCCAAAAGGAAGAUCUCUACCAAUCUUUCCUUCGUACAAUCGAGUCGGUCAACGUUAUCAUCUCCACCUACCUCGACAAGGCCCUGGGUGAUGUCCAAGUCUUCCCCGAGAAAGGCACCGUUGCGUUCGGUUCCGGGCUUCACGGUUGGGCAUUCACCGUGCGGCAAUUCGCCGUCAGAUACGCCAAGAAAUUCGGGGUUGACAAGACCAAGAUGAUGGAACGUCUUUGGGGCGACAACUACUUCAACCCAAAGACCAAGAAAUGGACCAAGACUGCCGAGCACGAGGGAAAGACCCUUGAGCGUGCUUUCAACCAAUUCAUCCUCGACCCCAUCUUCAAGAUCUUUGAUGCAUUCCAGAAGGGAAAAGUCGACCAACUCGUUGAGCUCUGCGCCAAGCUCGAGAUCAAGAUCACCAGCGAAGAAAAGGAACUUCCGGGCAAGGGUCUUUUGAAGGCUGCCAUGAGGAAGUUCUUGCCGGCUGCCGAUGCCCUGCUCGAAAUGAUGGUUAUCCAUCUGCCCUCUCCCGUCACUGCCCAGAAAUAUCGUGCCGAGACCCUGUACGAGGGACCGGCUGAUGACCCAUCCUGCAUUGCGAUCCGCGACUGUGAUCCCAAUGCCGAUCUCAUGCUCUACGUCUCCAAGAUGGUGCCAACUUCCGAUAAAGGUCGUUUCUAUGCCUUCGGUCGUGUCUUCGCUGGUACUGUCCGAUCCGGCAUGAAGGUCCGCAUCCAAGGGCCCAACUAUGUUCCUGGCAAGAAGGAAGAUCUGUUCAUCAAGUCCAUUCAACGAACUGUCCUGAUGAUGGGUCGUACCGUCGAGCCUAUUGAUGACAUGCCCGCUGGUAACAUCAUUGGUUUGGUUGGUAUUGAUCAGUUCUUGCUCAAGUCUGGUACUCUCACCACUUCCGAAACCGCCCACAACCUGAAGGUCAUGAAGUUCUCCGUCUCCCCCGUCGUGCGACGAUCGGUCGAAGUGAAGAACGCCAACGACUUGCCCAAACUCGUCGAAGGUCUCAAGCGAUUGUCCAAGUCCGAUCCUUGCGUGUUGACGCAAAUCUCCGAAUCCGGUGAGCACAUUGUUGCCGGUGCCGGUGAGCUUCACUUGGAAAUUUGCUUGAAGGAUUUGGAAGAAGACCACGCCGGUGUUCCUCUCAAGAUCAGCGACCCAGUCGUGUCUUACCGUGAGACUGUUGGCGGCACCUCGAGCAUGACUGCCCUGUCCAAGUCUCCCAACAAGCACAACCGUCUGUAUGUCAUCGCCGAGCCUCUUGGUGAGGAAGUGUCGAAGGAUAUUGAGAACGGCAAGAUCACGCCUCGUGACGAUUUCAAGGCCCGUGCCCGUAUCCUUGCCGAUGAGCACGGCUGGGAUGUUACGGAUGCUCGUAAGAUCUGGGCGUUCGGUCCCGACACCACUGGUGCCAACUUGUUGGUUGACCAGACCAAGGCCGUCCAGUACCUCAACGAAAUCAAGGAUUCUUUCGUGUCCGGUUUCCAGUGGGCGACUCGCGAAGGUCCGAUUGCCGAAGAGGCCAUGCGCUCAAUCCGCUUCAACAUCAUGGAUGUGACCCUCCACGCUGAUGCCAUUCACCGUGGUGGUGGCCAGAUUAUCCCCACUGCUCGACGUGUGCUCUAUGCGGCCACUCUGCUCGCCGACCCCGGUCUCCUCGAACCCGUCUACUUGGUCGAGAUCCAGGUUCCAGAACAAGCCAUGGGUGGUAUCUACGGUGUCCUUACCCGCAGAAGAGGUCACGUCUUCUCCGAAGAGCAACGUGUCGGAACCCCGCUUUUCACCGUCAAGGCAUAUCUUCCCGUUUUGGAGUCGUUUGGUUUCAAUGCUGAUCUGCGUGCUGCCACCGGUGGCCAAGCCUUCCCUCAAUCCGUCUUUGAUCACUGGCAAAUCCUUCCUGGUGGCUCGCCGCUUGAUGCUACUACCAUGGUUGGCAAGAUUGUUACGGACAUGCGUAAGAGGAAGGGUCUCAAGGAGCAAGUUCCGGGCUAUGACAACUACUAUGACAAGUUGUAG